UCGACAAGACGUUAGUGGGAGUGAGACAAUAAACACAAAUGUGGUCGUUCUCGUGCUUACUCCAUGUAUUUCGCGCUAAAAACGGAAUGAUUUUUCGGUAUUGAGAAUACUGAUGGUUUAAUUGAAACAUUCUUGUUAUUGCAAACAUUGCAUUGCUGCAUUCUGUGUAUUUUGUUCGUCUGACGCAAGGACCAUUAGAUUUUGACGUAUAAAAAUUUUUUGUGUCGGACAUACAUGAUAAUCGAGAUGGAACAGGACUUGAAAGCUAAAAUUGACCAAGCUUGUCGUACUGCAGAAGAAUUCACAAAACUGUACUACGAAUCUUUAGACAAGCGGAGAUAUCUGAUUUCAAGAAUGUACAUGGAUAGCGCUACUCUGAUAUGGAACGGAAAUGGGGUAACAGGCAAAGACAAUAUACAAAAAUUCUGGACGGAUCUACCAUCUUCAGAACAUAGUGUCCAUACUCUUGAUGCUCAGCCAAUUACAGGUCCAGAGGUAGCCAACCAAUUAACGUUUCUCGUCAAAGUCGGUGGCCAAGUGAAAUACGACGACAAGAAUUCAAAACCGUUUAAUCAAACUUUCUUAAUUACGGCUAUGGGUGAUAAAUGGAAAAUUGUAAGCGACUGCUUUCGAGCACAAGAACUAUUAGAUAAUAAUACAACAAGUUAGUAUUAUUGUAUUAAGUAGGUGUUUAAGAGUAUAAUAAAUAUGUUAUUUUAUAC